GCACUGAAAAGAAACUCAAUCCCAGUGAAAGUUAGUUAAUUAAUUAAUUGAUCCAGUAAUUAAUUUAAAUUAUAUGUGAAUGCCUUUAUUGUUAUGAAACUUUUUGGAUGAUUUGCUCGGGUUGUUUGUGUUUGUUGGAUUACCGACACUGGGAUUUCUCUUUCUGGCGCGCGCACUGAGGUGGGCGAUGCGCGGUCGCGCACGGACGGGACAGGAGACUCCGAGGUCCAGAGGUGCUAUGUUGAGGGUGUCAGGGUGAUGAAUUGACUCACAGGUUGAGGGAUGUCCCUACGCCUGCUCCUGCUCCUGCUAACACUGUCCUCACACACACAGGUCUGUCUGGCUCUGAAGAUGUUACGGGAGCAAUGGGCCAGCUACAGGAAUGAGUGUGUUCACAAUUUCGGCAGCAACCCACCUGCUACAGGUUUGGUGUGUAACAGGACUUUUGAUCAGUAUACGUGUUGGCCUGAUGGCUCGCCCGGCUCCGUCGUUAAUGUUUCCUGUCCGUGGUAUCUGCCGUGGUAUCGCAAAGUUAAGCAGGGUAGAGUUUAUCGAGUGUGUGGUGCCGACGGUCGAUGGGCUGAUGGUAAAAACACCACAGAGUGUGACGAGAAUGAUGAUCAACUGGAAGAGUAUGGGCAGAUUAUAAGUACAUUCAGGGUCAUGUAUACAGUGGGUUACUCGCUCUCUCUGGCAGCUUUGGUCCUUGCACUUGGAAUCCUCACAGCCUUCAGGAAGUUACAGUGCAUGAGGAACAACAUCCACAUGAACCUGUUCAGCUCGUUCAUCCUGCGUGCUGUGUCCAUCUUCGUGAAAGACGCACUGCUGGAUCAGAUCAAUAUCUCACAGGCAGCACCAUACCACUACCACGACCAGAACCUGUUUGACAUCAAGAUAACCGCAGGAUGUCGGGUCGCCAUGGUGAUGAUGCAGUACAGCGUGAUCGCGAACAAUUACUGGCUGCUGGUGGAGGGUUUGUACCUGCACAGUCUCCUGGCUGUAACCGUCUUCUCAGAGAGAAACUACUUCUGCAUGUAUCUGUGCAUCGGCUGGGGUGCGCCGGUGAUGUUCGUGUUGCCGUGGGUGACACUCAAGUAUCUGUAUGAAAAUGAUCUAUGCUGGGAGAAGAAUAUAAACAUGGGCUACUGGUGGAUUAUCCGCUCACCCAUCCUGUUUGCCUAUCUGAUUAAUUUCUUUAUAUUUAUUAGAAUUAUAAAGAUCCUGAUGUCCAAACUUAAGGCUCAUCAGAUGAGGUACACAGAUUAUAAAUUCAGAUUGGCUAAAUCCACACUGACACUGAUCCCACUGUUGGGGAUUCACGCCAUCCUCUUCACCUUCGUCAUCGACGAGUCCGUGGACAGGAAAUCUCUGUUGCGGCUCAUCCGCCUCUUCUAUGACCUGUUCUUCAGCUCCUUCCAGGGUUUGCUGGUGGCCAUUUUGUACUGCUUUGUCAACAAAGAGGUAAAGAAUGAGAUGAUAAAGAGAUGGAAACGUUGGAAGCUCGGGAAAGACAUCGAGGAGGAAUAUCGCAACACAUACAGCCAAACGGCUCACCGCAAGAGUGCCAGUCUCAACGCGGCUUUACCGCCGGAAUGUUCUGACACCCCCGAACCUGCAGUGUCAGCCCCGCCCUCAGAGGAGAGCCGCCGGCUUGUGAUUAGCUGCCGGAACGGUGUAAGACUGGUGGAAGGGAUCAGCAGGGCGGGGCUGCAGGAGGGUACAAGUAACUGCAGCUCGCUGACCGAGGACAUCUGCUUAGAGGAGCGAAUUCACAACACGGACCAUGCAGUAGGGACAGAGGAGUGUGACGUCUGAGGGAACUUUGACCUCUUGAGGUUUUGUUGUGUUCCAACAAAAGGAAUAAAAAUAGCUACUUAUGACAGAAUAGGUAGAUAAGCACUAUGAUACACACGAAAAGACAAUCAUACUAUAAAAAAUGGUGCACAGUGACCAUCAUCUCAAUUUGUCAAAAGGCAAGGGGUGUCCUGGUGGACGUGUGUGUUUGUGUGUGUGUGUGUUUUGACCCUUACUAUCCACCAUACUGCAGCAAAUAAUGACACAGUGUGAAAACUUGGCUUAUCUGAAAUGCAUGUAAACUUGUGCUUUUAUGUAAACAGAAAAGAAAACACCGCAACCUUAUGCUAUUGCAGGCAAUUCAGUAGCUCGUGAUUAGCUUGCUAGUUGCCUCCACCAACUGUGUUGGAGGAGGUUAUGUUUUCGCCUCCAUUUGUUUGUUCCCAAUGUAACUCAAAAAAAAGUGAAUGGAUUUGGAUGAAAUUUGGAGGAAAGGUGGGGACCAUGGACCAAGGAACAAUUGAUUAGAUUUUGAUUCAAAUUUGAAUGUAGGUUGGUGGAGGUAUGGACUCCACUGAGCGCCCUUCAGAUUUGUUAAUUAGCUCAUAUCGCCCUGAUCAAGUGCACAUAAACAAAAUAUUUAGGCUACGUUCACACUGCAGGCUGAAGUGACUCAAAUCCGAUCUUUUCGCCCAUAUGUGACCUGUAUCCGAUCUUUUAUUGACAAUAUGAACGACACAGAUCCGAUUUUUUCAAAUCCGACCCAGGCCGUUUGGAUAUGUGGUCCUAAUUCCGAUUCCUAGCCGCUCUUUUCAUGUGCUACUUCAGUCUGAACCGUCAGGUCGCAUUCAUCCGACUUACACGUCAUCAACAAGCCACAAACGUCACUAUUCUGCGCUGAAGUAGGCGGCGGGUCUCUCAAAAAUAGUUACAACAACAUGGCGCAUAAUCACGGGCGCAGAUAGAGGGUGGGACGGGUGGGAUUCGUCCCACCCAGAUUUAAAUUCACCUCGCUCGGUCCCCCCCACUUAUAGGGAGGAAAAAACGUCUAUGCUGUCUUUCUUUGCAUAAGGCAAACCUCACGGAAAAAUCAAAAGACUAAUUACCAUUCGGUUUAUUGAGGUGCACGGCAGUGUAUACAUAGUUGCAACAACUCACAUAAAACAAAACAAAGACUGAUAUUCGGUUGGUUGAGCUGCGCAGACUGCACAGGUUGCGAGCUUGAGCUUGGUUGCUAUGGUAACCCACAACAAGUUUGACAGGCAUAUCGGGGUUUGGGGUUGGUUUGCUGGCAGCUUUGUCCCCCCCAGUUUUUUGUCCCCCCCAGUUCAAAAAACGUAUCUGCGCCCCUGCGCAUGACAUCAAUGCGAGGGACGCUUCGGGCUGUGAAGGUUCUGAAUCUUCUCAAUGGAAGGACACAGAGGUUAGGGAGCUGAUUUC